AUGAAACUAAUUAAAGAAUUCAAAAUUUGUACUCCUGCUGAAGUUGAGAACUGGCUCCAGAUUGAUUGUGAUGAUAACGGAUGGCAACCUCUGUCAGACAAUGACAUUCUGGAUGACCGGUGUAUUGCUGAGAAUCAAGAAGAAGAAGAAGAGUUUGAUGAUGAAAUCUCAUACAAUGAUCAAAAUUGUACGUUUGAUGAUUCCAUUAUAGAUGAUAGUCAAGAUGUAUUUAAUGACUGCCAAAAAGCUAGUCAAGAGUUAGUCAGAUUUGUGAUUCACAAAUAA